AUAUCUCAAAUACGGAUAAACAGAUGCGAGGUGCAUAUAGUACAACGGAAGUGCAUUAAUGUUUAUGGUUUGAGAAUAACAUAUUGCUCUUUGGUCGUCUCUUGUUCUACGGGUAAUUUAUCGCACGAACUACAAAACCUAAAAUACCGAAAGCUCGCUAUGCAAACAGUGAAUGAUCCGGUGUCAUAUGGGCUUGCACGGUUACGGUCUUUGCUUCCGGUUCGUUCAUAAACACUUUGGCAGCUUGUUGAUUCACUCUGUGUUUUUUGUUUCCAACUUAAUUUCACCUGAAUGCAUAAAUUAAAUCCGUGUUUUAAAUGGAGUUCCAUCUGCUAGUUAGUAAUUGUACAUAGAUUUAUUGCUCAGAUAAAUUUUAUUAAAGGAAUCUUACACCUACAUGGGUUGAAGUGCAGUGUGAUUAUCAAAUAGGUUACUUUUCACUUAGGUGCAAACUUUUUUAUAUUCGUCGUUGAUUUUUUCUCUCUCUCGUAUCGCCGUAGCAGAGAUUGCCUUCCUUCUCCAGUUUCAUCCCAGUGGUACGUUUUGAAAUAAAAAGGGGGGGAAAUCACCACUCUUGUACAGAUUACAGCCAUUGCGAAAUUUUUAAAUAAAACACAAAAUGAUUAAGUCGCUUCAUCGUCAGACUUUGGAAGUGAAACGGAAGCUGGGCACGUUUUUAAUCUCCAAAAAUAUAUGCUAUGGGCUUCAUGGAUACACAACAUCGGCUCCAAACAACUUCCAUGACUACGAAAGCCUGAAAAAACUAUACAACCCUGAAGUUCCUAAAUAUUUUAACUUCGCCAAAGACGUCCUCGAUACGUGGACCGAGAGAGAGAAGAGUGGGAAAAAAUACCCAAAUCCUGCCUUCUGGUGGGUAAAUGACAGAGAUGAUGAGGUGAAAUGGAGCUUUGAAGAGAUAGGACACCAUGCUAGAAAAGUGGCCAAUGUACUUUGCGGUCCCUGCAACCUGCAGAAAGGAGACAGAGUUCUGCUGAUUCUCCCCCGCAUCCCUGAGUGGUGGCUGGUGAACGUGGCGUGUAUGAGGACAGGAACUGUCCUCAUCCCUGGCACUUCUCAGCUGACAGCCAAGGACAUCCUCCACAGACUGCACACAUCGAAAGCCAAGUGCGUCAUAACCGACGAUUCCAUGGCUCCUGCGCUUGACUCUGUGGCACCCAAAUGCUCGUUCCUUAAAGCCAAAGUCCUGGUGUCUCAGCACAACAGACAUGGUUGGAUGAACCUCGGUGAACUUUCAAGGAUGGUAUCAAGCGAUCAUGAGUGCGUCGACACGAAAAGCAAUGAACCCAUGACCAUCUUCUUCACCAGCGGUACCACCGGCACUCCGAAAAUGACCGAACACAGUCACUGCAGUUUUGGGAUCGGCCUCACCGUCAACGGCAGGUACUGGCUGGAUCUGACUGAGAGGGACGUGCUGUGGAACACCUCCGACACUGGCUGGGCCAAGUCCGCAUGGAGUAGCGUCUUCGCUCCCUGGAUCCAGGGGGCGUGUGUGUUUGUGCACCACAUGCCACGCUUUCAAACCACUACGGUGCUGAAGACACUGUCCCAUUACCCUGUUUCAACAUUCUGCACUGCCCCCACUGCAUAUCGAAUGCUUGUCCAGGAAGACCUCUCCAGGUACCAGUUCCAAAACCUGAAGCACUGUCUAAGUGCCGGAGAGCCCAUUAACCCAGAAGUGAUGGGAAAAUGGAAGACUUACACGGGACUGGAUAUCUACGAAGGAUACGGACAAACAGAAACGGUGUUGAUUGCUGGGACUUUUAAAGGUAUGAAGAUCAAAGCUGGGUCAUUUGGAAAGCCAUCACCAGCAUAUGACGUGCAGGUGGUGGAUGAUGCUGGUGAGGUGGUGUCUUCAGGAACAGAGGGGAACCUUGCCAUCAGAGUGAAACCGCAGCGGCCGUUCUCGCUCUUUACUGGAUACACUGAUGACCCAGAGCGCACGGCCCAGUGCUUCAGAGGGGAUUUUUACCUAACAGGAGACCGGGGAGUGAUGGAUGAGGAGGGAUACCUGUGGUUUGUGGGAAGAUCCGAUGAUGUCAUUCUAUCUGCUGGGUAUCGUAUUGGUCCAUUUGAGGUAGAAAAUGCGCUGAUCGAGCAUGCAGCCGUGGCUGAAUCAGCCGUGGUCAGCAGCCCGGAUCCAGUGAGAGGAGAGGUUGUUAAGGCGUUUGUUGUCCUGACCCCUGCAUACAAGUCCAAGGACCGAGAUCAGCUCACAAUCGAACUGCAGAAGCACGUGAAGAAAGUUACAGCGCCCUAUAAAUACCCUCGCAAGAUUGAGUUUGUGGAACAGCUGCCAAAGACAGUCAGCGGUAAAAUAAGAAGAGUCGAGUUGAGGAACAAAGAGUGGGGAAGACAUUAAACCAUGCUAGCAGUGCUGGUUCCUUGGAUCUAUGAAGAAUGUAUAAUUAUGACUGUUUGACUGAAAAAGCAAUAAUGAUAUUUUGUUUUUUAGACAUUUCUGUAGUUUAUUUCAUAAUAUUUCAACGACUCCGCCUAAUAGCACAUACAUGAUGAUUUUAAAAACAAGUUAGAAAAUACUACCAAUCAUGCAUUAAACCAUCCAUUCAAUAAAUAUAAAAUCGUACACAGCAUAAAUAUUUAUAAUAAAAACUAUGGUGCAUUUAAAAA